AUGGCGCACCAUCCCCAAUGUUUCCCCGUGGAUAAUCCGACGGGAUCUUUCUGGCAGGCGGAGGAACAUGUACUCAGUCACCAUCGCUCAACAGAGGAGCUGCUACCUCAUAGUGAUAUCGUCAUCAUUGGUGCUGGAUACGCUGGAGUCGGCACGGCCUACCAUCUUGCCCAGGAAGCGGACGAUCGAAUUGGGUCAAUUACCAUUCUGGAAGCUCGGGCGGCUUGUUCUGGAGCGACUGGACGCAAUGGUGGUCAUCUACGUCCCGAUUUAUACGGUCACAUCCCGACGUAUAUUGGCCGCGCGGGCUCAAGGGCCGGCGCUGAGAUUGCAGAGUUUGAAAUUGCUCACAUCCGAGCGCUCAAAAAGUUUAUUGAGGAGGAGAAAAUUGAUUGCGAUCUGACGGUAUCGAGAAGCAUCGAUGUGUGGUGCAACGAGGAAGCAGCAAAGAAGGCAAAAGAAGUCUAUGAUUUCAUGGUGGCCAAGGGGUUUGAAUACAUGGAUGAUGUCAUCUUUUACACUGGCGAAAAUGUUGAAGGAGUAAGUACACAUUACAACGGUCAGAAUUAUCAAACUAACCUAUACCAGAUCUGUGGUGUCAAGGGCGCUAUUGCUUGUGCAUCAUUUACUGCCGCAACAAUGUGGCCAUACAAAUUUGUGAUGCAUUUGCUUCAGAAAUUAGUGGCAGGAAAUAGGAUCAAUCUUCAAACCCAAACACCAGUGAAUUCAAUCGAGACCGAUCCUACUGGUGGUUUCUUAGUUCAAACUCCACGAGGACAAAUUCACACAUACAAAGUUAUUCACGCGAAUAACGCGUAUGUCUCUGGUCUUCUUCCUGAGUACAACAGGAAUAUUGUUCCCUGCAAAGGGAUAUGCUGUCGGAUUACCGUGCCAGAAGGGGUGAAACCUCCACUCUUGAACAACUCCUACAUUCAUCGGACCGAUGAUAAUACACUCUCAUAUCUGAUUCCUCGAGCGGAUGGGAGUAUCGUUGUCGGGGGCGCAGCCGCCAAGUUCAAAUCCUUUAAGGAACAAUGGUAUAACAACGUGGAUGACAGCAUUUUGAUCGACGCAGCAAAGAAUUACUACGACGGUUACAUGCAGCGAACCUUCAACGGAUGGGAAAAUACGGGCGCAAAGGUGGACUCGAUCUGGUCUGGUGUGAUGGGUUAUUCAUACGACUCGAAUCCUCACAUCGGUCAUAUUCCCAGAAAAGACAAUCAGUUCAUCAUUGCCGGCUUCAAUGGUCAUGGAAUGCCGGUUAUAUGGCUUGCAGCUAGGGAGCUUGCGCGAAUGAUCAGUCAUGGGAUCCCUUUCGAAGACACAACUAUGCCAGGGCUUUUUAAGACCUCGCAGUUUCGUAUAGAUCGGGCAAUGAAUGGUCGGGAAGAGGAUGGUGAUAUUCUCAGCACUGGAAAAUUCCUAGCCACGAAGCCGUGA